AUGAGUUCGCUGAAGUAUCCCACCGAUCUGAAGCUGAUCAAAGAUCAGAUGUCAAUUGGCGACGUUAUUCGAGAUAUCGAGAGCAAGGGUCCGCAUGAGGAUCCGAUUCACGUGUUGGAUCUGGAUGAUGUAGUUCGCAAGCACAAAUGCUGGUGUGACGAGAUGCCACGAGUUAGACCAUACUAUGCGGUGAAGUGCAACGACGACCCGCGUAUCCUGCAGAUCAUGGUAACGCUCGGACUCGGGUUUGACUGUGCAUCGAAGGGUGAGCUGGAGCGUAUGCUCGACUUCGGUGUGGAGCCGGAGCGGAUUAUCUUUGCUCAGCCGGCCAAAUCGGUACCGUCACUGUUGUACGCUCGCUCGAAGCAGGUGUCCGUCAUGACAUUCGAUGGUGAAAUUGAGCUGGAGAAGAUUCAUCAGUACUAUCCUGAGGCUCAACUGGUGCUGCGCAUUCGUCAUGAUUCUGUGAAGGUGCGCUUUUCGUUGGGCAAGAAGUUCGGUUGUGAUCCUAUUAAUGAGGCCCCGGCGUUACUGCGCCUUGCGACUAAAUUAAGCAUGAACGUGGUCGGUAUAACGUUUCACGUUGGGUCGGACUGUGAAGAGCACGAAGUGUAUUACGAUGCGGUAAAAAUGUCUCGCGACCUGUUCGACUACGCCAAGAGUAUUGGGUACGAGCUGAAUCUUCUGGAUAUCGGCGGUGGAUUUCCGGGAGACAAGGCCAAACCAAUCCAUCGAUAUGCAAAGGCCAUCAACCGAGCUAUUGAUCACUUUUUCCCAAUCAAGGAUAACGUUCGGAUUAUUGCGGAACCGGGCCGUUAUUACGUGGCUUCUGCAAUCACGCUGGUAUCGUUCGUGCACUCUAAGCGUAUAGUGAAAGAUCGCCAAGAUGAUGGUACUGAGUUGACCAGGAUACACUACUACCUAAACGAUGGUAUAUACGGAUCGUUUUAUAGUACAGCAUACGAGGCUCAAGAGGCAAUUCCGAUCGUCCACCGCAAGACUGGAGCCAAAGAAUACAGCUCAUCCGUUUGGGGCCCCACAUGUGACGUCGUGGAUGUAAUUCUACCGGAUAUCGUGCUGCCGGAGCUGGACAUCGGGGACAGUGUAGUGUUCGAGAACUUGGGAGCCUACGGUAUCGUUCGAGGGGCCGCGUUCAAUGGAUUCCUGCUACCAAAGGUUAUCGCAUACAUUCGCGAAGGAACAUGGUAA